GCCCAGCUGGCAGGGCUGCCCUUGCCCCUGGGCCAGGGUCUGCCCUUGCCCUUGGGCCAGGGUCUGCCUUUGGCCGUGACCCCAGUUCUGCCUUCAAAUCCCACAGGCCAUCUUGCCGGAAGCUUCACAGACGCUCUCAGCGGUGGCCUGCUGUCUGGGGGACUGUUGGGCAUUUUGGAAAAUAUUCCACUCCUGGAUAUUAUAAAGUCUGGAAACGGGAAUUCUAACGGCCUGGUUGGGGGCCUGCUUGGAAAACUGACUUCAUCAAUCCCUCUCCUGAACAGUAUCCUUGACAUAAAAAUCACUGACGCCCAACUGCUGGAACUUGGCCUUGUGCAGAGCCCUGACGGCCAUCGUCUCUACGUCACCAUCCCUCUGGGCUUGACACUCAAAGUGAACACGCCCCUGGUUGGAAUUGGAAUUUUGGAACUGGCUGUGAAGCUGAACAUCACCGCAGAAGUCUUGGCUGUGAAAGACAAUCAGGGGAGGAUCCACCUGGUCCUUGGUGACUGCACCCACUCCCCUGGCAGCCUGCAAAUCACCUUGCUCAAUGGAGUCACUCCCCUUCAAAGCGUUUUAGACAACCUCACAGGGAUAUUGACUAAAGUCCUUCCUGACCUGGUGCAGGGCAAGGUAUGUCCUCUGGUCAACGAGAUUCUCAGCCAUUUGGAUGUCACCCUGGUGCACGACAUUGCUGAAUUACUGAUCCAUGGACUACAAUUUGUCAUCAAGAUCUAGGCCUCCCAGGAAGGGAGGAUCUGCCUUUAGUUGAGCUGAGAAUUGCUGCUUCUCAGUCUGCUGCCUCUUGCCCAGCUUCCCAUGGCUCACAGAAGGGGGCCCAUGUCCUGGGAAAUGAUAUGCUUACCUUCUCCCCAAGGAACUUGAUCUCCUUUCCCAUCAAGAAUGAUUAAUCCUGUGAUCAUCACUAAAUAAAAUAGCUCUUCAUCUGCAA